CUCAGUACUUGUGUAAGGAGUGAAAAAAGCCUUUCAAGAGAAGAUUCAGUGUUCAGACAUUUACAUGGUGAUGACACAAAGAGGAUGGUAUGUCCUGAAGCAGACCAAAACCAAAAUAGCAUUCGUGGAGAGAUGAAUGAAGAUAAAGAGAGAUAUGAAAGCGUUGAUUAUAUGAAAUUGAAGUCUGAUCAAUCAAAAAAGACUGAAACCGGACCGUGUACUGCGCUUGUUGAGAUUCAAGAAGUGUCAGAGAUCAAACCAAAUGAGUUAAGUUCGAUAAGAACCGUCCAUGAACUCAUUUCAUCAGAAGAACAAGAACCAAACGGGCUAUGUUCUGUGUCACACUCUGACAAAAACCUUGCUACCAAUGAUCCGAAACAAGAGCAAGCAGUUGAGCUUUCUUCCAUUUCAGGCUCUAAUACUUCUCCACCCAAUGCUCUUGGAACAACUCAAGAACUUGGUUCAUCAGAACAACAACGGCACGACCAACAAACUAAUACAUAUGCUCCAAGAAGACAAAGCACAAGAAAGCGACCAUUGACCACUAGGGCACUGGAAGCUCUUGAAUCCAACUUUUUGACAAGCAAGAGAAUGAAAAGCACGGUUAAACCAGGAAAAUGUGAAAGCUCAAACCGCUUAGCUAAGGCGUGUAACAGAGCAAAGUUUUUGUCAGACAAUGAGAGUGUAUGUUUGGAGUUAAGCAAGCGCUUGAAUCAAAUUGAGGAUACAAAGCCUGGCUUUCUUCUUAAUGAAGCAACAACUAAGAGCAAGGAUCUGGAUAGACGGCAGUUGGUUGUGAGAGGAAUGGCCUUUUGCUUUAGAAUAAAUGUGUACAUAAGUUAG